UAAAGGCUUGAGGAAGCCGAGCAAACAUCUCUAAGUCGGGAUCCAUCGACUUCUAUCAUCCACAAACGGUUGAACGCUCCGCCAAGUCGCCGAUUCUCUUAGCGGUUUCAUCCUCCGUCAGACGCCAACACGCAGCACAUCAGCAGCACCGCAGCACGCCUCUUCAGUCGUCAACUACUCACAUCACUCCCGUCGCUCAGUCGCCUGCUCUCAGCCACUCAACCUUCAGCGGCUCAGUCAAUCGGCGCUUCCCUCAAUUUUCACAUCCAACCAUUCAUAGUCCCGGACUUCCAAUAUUUCAGGGCAGAGGCUGGAUAUACAUGCAUGUGAUCGCUUCGCCAGCUCUUCAUCAUCAUAACUAUCCUGCUCUUCAAUUAUACUCAUGGAUAUAGUGAAAAGCAUCAGGGCAUAUUACUUGAAAAUAAGGAACUGUAUUUCUCCCCCACCCCCUCCCAAACCUAAUGAGGCAAACCUCACUUUCAUGACUUGUCUGUUAAAAGUAGACACCAAUUCUCCAGGGUGGCACAAAGCAAUCAUAGCUAUCUUAAGAAGCAAUAAAGGAGUGAGAAGCUUCAAGAUGAGUCAAAGCGGAAAGAUAAUGGUGACGGGGACAGGGGAUCUGAACCUGCUCCUCAAAAUGCUGAAAAAAACUGAAAAAUCAACAGAGCUGGUUUGGGUUCAAUCCGGCCUCUGCUCUUCUAACUUGUUCCUCAUCAAUGAUAAUGGCCACCAGCAGCAGCAGCUGGGACCACGAGGACCUUUUGGUCUACAGCCGUGGAACCAACCUGCUCCCCUUCACUCCCACUACGACUUCAACGGACUUUUUACUACUAUGUCACCGCCCCCACUGCCACCGCCGCCGCCGCCUGCUUAUCAUGGCCCACCGCCUCUCAAUACCACAUUUGGAGUGGAUCAUAAUAGAAGCUACCUUCAACAUGGUCGACGACCAUUCAGACCCAGCAACCAGGGAUGGUUUUAGAUGUGCAAUUUCAAAAUUUUCUUAUUCUAUAUGUAAUGUAAUUUCAUUAAAAUUUUAUACAUACGUGUUUCCCCUUAACGUUUGAUUUUCAUUUUUAAUUUAUACUGUAAUAUCAUACCGAUUAUAAUAAAUAAAAUACUUAAGAGGAGUUAUAGAGUUUAUCUUGAUCGAGUGAAAGAUCUAAAA